UCCCAACCUUUGUGAAUCCGCGCACUGCAUCAUGGAAACAACAGGAAUUCUGCAGAUGCUGGAAAUUCAAGCAACAUACAUCAAAGUUGCUGGUGAACGCAGCAGGCCAGGCAGCAUCUAUAGGAAGAGGCGCAGUCGACGUUUCAGGCCGAGACCCUUCGUCAGGACUACCUGUCAUGGUACAGGUAGUUUUCCCAAGCCUUCAGCGUUAGACGACGCGCCAGUCAGGAGACUACAAUUCCCAGAAUGCAGUGUAUACACCAUCCUCCGACACUCGUCCGUGUUGUUUUUGAGGAAGCAACGCAGGCUUUGCAGCCCUCCCCCUCCUCAAUACCCCUCAGUUGCACCGUCGGAGCGGAGUGGUAGCAGUGGGUGUCGUCCCCCCGGUUUGUUACUUAAAUCGUUAUUUUCUCACAGGAAGUGUCGAGGGCAAAUGGAGUUUCCGCCGUAUCCCUUUGUUUCGAUUGGUUACCUGCUGAACGUUUUCAACUGAGGCGUUAUUUGGAGAUUCCCAUUCCUGGGGUCAGGGUUGUGUCAGCCGUGGACGGGAGGCAUCCCCGGGCAGGGUAGCAACGGAGAGUGGCUGUGGUGGCCAGAGCAAGGCGCUGUCCGCUGUUAUCUGAGUGACUCCAGUCCGCAGCACUCAUCUCCAGAAGCCAUCUUUCAGUGCUCAGAUUUUCCGCCUGGAAAUGUGGCGACUAACUGGGAAUAAACCCGGCUGAACCCUAUCUCGUUGAUUCAUUUUCGUUGUUGUUCGUAGUUACACUUGUUUUCGUUCACUGCGGGCACCUUAAGUUCAAAGGCGAGGGAGUGCCAGUUGGCGAGUCCGGAUCCUCUAGUCUUCACACGCAUGGAUAUCGAAUUGUGAAGGGUCUCUUCAAACAACCAGAUUAUCUGUUAACAUCGAGGAAGGUGGUUCAAUCUCCAGGGACUCGGGAUUGCGAGGAUUUCCUCAAUUGUUUAUUCCAUUUAUUCCAUGCGGAACUUGCUUUUUUUAUAUAGCGGACAGGUGUGAUUCUGAGUAUUUUCCCAAUAGAUCACUUUCGGAAGAUUAGGGCAAUUUCAAGCGAAAAUUUUGUAAAUGUUUAUAGAAAUUAUUGUUUCAGGAAGAAAAUUGGUGAUUUCAAAUGGUACUUGACUCGGGUGCGUCACUCAUUGCAAGAUUUAGUUUCUUGUAACUGUCAUUUGGAGUGUCAGGAAAAGGAAACGUGGCUGUUUUAAACAAUCAUUUGAAUUGUACUUGCAAUGAAGAGCAGAAGGUGUGACCGAAGAUGAGCAAAUACUAUCAUAGAAAAUUACUGGAUAUCUAAAAAAAACAUGACUGUCCAUAUCGUUACACAACGUGAAGCAAACCCCAUACGUACAAGGUCGGGAUGCUUUUGUGUUUUUUCUUCAGCUAGCCUGACGUCCGCAUGAUUUUAGUGAUUGUCCUUCUGAAGUGAGAAUAUCACACCGCGCGUUGAUGCCGUCCCCAAUGAAACAGUGCGAAUACAGUCAGAUUGCCACUCAGAGCUCGUCUCCUAUGGAGUCUCCUAAAAAGAAGAAAAUUCCGCGGAGGAAAUGGGAAGUCUUCCCAGGGAGAAAUAAAUUUUACUGCGAUGGCAGAAUCAUGAUGGCCAGUCAGACGGGGGUUUUCUAUCUCACACUUGUAUUGAUCGUGGUCACCAGCGGGUUCUUUUUUGCGUUCGACUGUCCAUACCUAGCAGUAAACAUCACACCCGUGAUACCAGCGAUAGCAGGAGUUUUGUUCUUUUUUGUGAUGGGAACGUUGCUUCGUACAAGCUUCAGUGAUCCAGGAGUUCUACCUCGUGCCACGCAAGAUGAAGCAGCAGACCUGGAAAGACAGAUAGAUAUUGCCAAUGGUUCAAGUUCAGGAGGUGGGUAUCGUCCUCCCCCCAGAACAAAAGAGGUGAUAAUUAAUGGGCAGACAGUCAAGUUAAAAUACUGCUUCACCUGUAAGAUCUUCCGUCCACCACGUGCCUCUCACUGUAGCCUUUGUGAUAACUGUGUAGAACGAUUUGAUCACCAUUGCCCCUGGGUAGGCAACUGCGUGGGAAAAAGGAACUACAGAUUUUUUUACAUGUUUAUUUUGUCACUGUCAUUUUUGACAGUAUUCAUCUUCGCCUUCGUCAUCACUCAUGUCAUUCUCCGAUCGCAGAAGACAGGAUUUCUAAAUGCGCUUAAAGACAGUCCUGCAAGUGUACUGGAGGCAGUUGUUUGUUUCUUCUCUGUGUGGUCAAUCCUUGGCCUUUCAGGAUUUCAUACUUAUCUGAUCAGCUCAAAUCAGACAACAAAUGAAGAUAUUAAAGGAUCGUGGUCCAAUAAAAGAAGCAAAGACAAUUACAAUCCAUAUAGCUAUGGGAACAUCUUUACAAAUUGCUGUGCAGCUCUUUGUGGGCCAUUACCACCAAGCUUAAUUGAUAGAAGAGGAACGAUCCAGUCAGAUACACCACAGCCAGCAAUGCCACCAAAUGGAAUCACCACAUAUGGGGCCACACAAACUCAGAGCAACAUGGCUGCAGCCAUACCACUUUUACAGAAUGAGUCAAGUCCAACCAGUGAAGAGCCUCCUCUACCUGGAAAGAUGACAAUUUCUCCUCCAUGUGCCACAUUGGUUCUUAGCCAGCCAACACCUCCACCAUCAACUUCAAACCUUGCAGCAGAAACCUUACUUACAGAUACAGUGCCAAUGAAGGAAAAAUGUGAAGGUCACCACUUUCUUACACCGGAAGAGGCACCAUCACCUCCAGGAAUGCUUACCCCAGGUACUCCUCUUCCUCAUAGCCACACGAUGCAUGUCCUGAAUGCGGUCACCCAGGAUUCAAUGCACGAGGAUUCAGUUCGAGGCCUUGUCAAGCUUAGCUCAGUUUGACCCAUUAUAACUUCCCAAAUUCCAGAUGUUGCUGUAAACACCAAAAGUCAUAUCAGGAAAGGGCAUCAUUUUUCCAGCACAGACUAGACACAAUAAACAACCACUUCCAUCUCGAAUACAAAGAAUAAGUGCCAAGGUGUAAAGGAGAGCCAUCCUGAAUCACUCAGACUAAGAAGCAACACAAUGGACGUUCUUUUGUCAAUGGGGCCAUGGCAAAAACUAUUCAACCUGCACUCUGAUAUUGUUCAAGUGUUACUUCUACAGUGCCGUGCUUUGAAGAUGUUGCACAGUUGAGAUCAAUGAUAUAUCAGGUUGCUGAAAUAGAAGAACACUGACUAAAUCAAUUGCUAAACAAAGUAUGAAUCAUCUUUAUCAUCAAAAUGAGUAUUCAUCUCUUGCGUCGGUGAUCUGCAAUAACUAAUUAACAAGGUGUUGAGACAAAGCCUGUUUAUACUGUAAUCUAAGUCACUAUGCCACAUUGUAAGCAAGUGUUAAAGAACUUGUGUAAAAAAAUAUAUAUAUUUUGUUUUCCAAAGAAUACAAACAAGGGCAAAGGAAAGCAGAGAAGUGAAAAAUCCUAUUAUCCUUCACUGUAUUCAUUUUUUUGGUUAGAAAGACCAAGAAUAUUAAGGACCAUUAUCAUUUAUCUCUUUUUUAUGUACGGUGUUUGAAAAGAAGCUGUGUUGUGCCAUGUCACCAUAUAAAACGGGUGAUAUUUAUUUCCUGUGUUUAUUAAUAAAUUGAUAACACUUUUAUUCUUUAAAUUGCUCUACCUUGGUGAUUGUGUGCAAUGGACUUCCUGUUUUCAGCUAAAAUGUAAUGUUCCAACUCAAUUUUGAUUGUUUUCCCCACAAUUCUUUAUAAUAUUUAUCUGCUUAUGUGCAAGGAACAAAUAACCAUACAGUACUUAAAUUGAUUAAAAGGGAUUAACCCAGCUUGGAAAUAACUGACAAAUAUGUCCCACUUCCCUGCUCUUCCUCCUUUGCCUAGCAGGUGUUUCUUUUCAGGUGUUUUUCUAACUAUAUUUUGAAACCUCAUUGAAAUCAUCUGCUAUCACCUGUUCAAGGAGUGCAUGGAGAUCAUAAUAACUUAGUGUGCAAAAAGAAAUUCUGCUUGAAUCUCCCCUGAACACUUUCACAAUCAUGUUAAAUUUGUGUUGUUCGGUUAUAGCUCCUCUUCACAAUGGGGAAAAAAAUCCUUAUUUACUCCAAUAAAAUGUUAUAUUCAGCUGCUAAUUGCUCCAAAAGGAACAAUGCCAGCUCUACUGGUCUUAAUCUGAUCUGUUAUCUAAAGUGCCAUUCUGAUGGAUCCUUUCCAAAGCUUUAACAUGUUUUCUAAAGUGCAGUGCCCACAAUAUGACACACUAUCCUUAUGAGACAUUAGGAUUAAUUUAUACUGCAUUUGUAUAACUUCAAAAAACAAAAAAAUGCAAUUAUUGCAAAUACUUAAAGUCAGGCAGCUUCAGUGGAGGUCAUUGAUUUGAAAUGUGAACUUUGUUUCUUUCCAUUAAUGCUGCUUGACUCGUUGAUUAUUAACAACAUUCUCUGCUUCUAUUUUUAGUAUAACUUCUUCUCGCUUGUACCCUGUUGCUCUAUUUAUAAAACACAGAAGCCCUUGGACUUGUUUUAAGCUUUCUUAACUUGCCUUACCAUAUCCAAAUUUUAUACUUUUCUUGACCCAUUUUAUAUUUAUUUUUCUUAUCUAGUCAGAACACAUUAAUUCAUACUUUCCUGCAUUAAAUUUCAUCUGACUUUGCACGUUUCAUUGGUCUGUUUUAUC